CGUAGAACUCUGUACUGCUGCAGCUGCAAUUUGUAGAGACAAAACACUAGAUAUGGAUUAAAGUCAGACCGUUUAAGACUGGACAGCAGGUGGAGGUCGUGGCAGCAUCUGUCACAGACCGGUAGCAAGUAGAGAGAAUCGCAGGCCCCGGCGAAGGAACCUGAUUGGCCACCUUAUCCACGCACCGCCCUCGUCACCACACUUUUGCAAAAUGCGCGCCGCGUGCCAUGCUCAUGCCAGCCUGGGCAAAGCAAAAAUGUCGCAGCGAAUCCUCAACACCGCCAAGCAGACGCCAGCGCCGACGCAGCGGCACAACCCUUCGCCGCCGCCUAAGCUCGGCCGCCGCGCUGCCGCCGGCGCGUCAAUCGCCAUCGCGGCCGCGCCGGCUCUCCUGGCCGUCUCGCCGGCGCCGUCCAAGGCGCGGGAAGCCGAAGCCGCGGUGGCGCCGUGCCUCGCCGAGCUGCCCGUGACCGCGAAGGCCUUCCUGGACGUGUCGAUCGGCGGCGAGCCGGCGGGGCGCAUCACGGUGGGGCUGUUCGGGGGCGCGGCCCCGGCGGGCGCGGCCCGGUUCCUGUCCCUGGUGACGGGCGUGGGGUACCGGCGCAAGGAGUUCGUGAAGGUGGUGCCGGGCUACGUGCAGCACGGCGGCGUGGUGUCGUACCCGGCCGUGCCCGCGGUGACGGAGCGGCUGGCGGCCGAGGCGGAGGCGGUGCGCGCGCGGUGCGGGGCCGGGGCCGGGGCCGUGCACGCGGCGGCCGGCGCGGUGUCGAUCGUGGUGCGGGACCCGAGCCUGCCGCCGCCGCGGCCGAAGCUGGUGGCCAGGGGCGGGAAGCUGGAGGUGGAGGAGGAGCAGGCCGGCGUGGUGCCCAACGCCACCGAGUUCGUCGUCACCACCGGCGCGGCCCCCGAGCUGGACGCGGCCGCGGUGCUGGUCGGGAGGGUGCUGGAUGGCAUGGACGUGGUGGCCAAGAUCGCCGCCGUGCCCACCGUCAGGGACAACACCGACUCGCCGUACUUCAGAGUGGCCAAGCUGAUCGGCGACAAGAGAGCGGUGGUUGCGGAACGAGGCUUCAACCGCCCGUACACCAAGAUCCUAGUCACCAACUGUGGUGUGCUCAGUUGAAGCGCGCGGUCGAGUGCUCCGUCUCAAUUCUCAAAGGAAGAAUUCUGGAGGACCUGAUGGAGAUUAUCAGACCUUGUUGGUAUAGAGUGAUUUGCCUGGGUGCACGACGAACUCGUUUCUCAACGGUGGUGAUCGAUAUACUUAUAAAAGCUCCAAGUGCUGCUAGCUUGUGUUUUGUACAUGUAGGUUUGCUCCAGAAAGGAAAUGGAUGGAAUCUGCAUGCAAACUGGCAGAACUUUGAUCGGCUCAAACUGAACCCAACACCCCAGAUGUUCAGACACAUGCAUGCAUCAGCAAACAAUUCUAUGAAUUUAUUUGUUGAAAAGA